AUGAGUGCAUACUUAAAUCUGAGGUUGGAUGUUCUCUACAAAGAGCUGAAUGGAAAAUUUGAAACCUUAGAUGCCCAUGUCAUGAUGCUAGAUGCCCAUGUUUCUCAGACUGCAGAAGCUGUGAAGAAGCAAGAAGCUCUGGUCAAAGGGAAAGCCGUGGAAAGUGAGAAGCACCAGGUUAAUGCCAUCUCAGAUGAUGACCUUGGGGAAGUGCUCGAGCAGGAGAAGCUGGAAGAAGAUGAUUUCCUAGUCGAAAGCUCCAUGUCCAUAGAUUUUGCUGCUCGACACCCGCAUCCUCCCACCCUAGCUCGAGUUAAAUCAGAUAACGUCAACUGGCAACAACACGAAAAAAUCGAUCAACAACAACAUGGAAGCGUCGAUCGACAACAGCAAAAGAGCAGCGAUCGACAACCGUCAAUGCCAUACCGAGUACGUUUCCCAGAUCUUGAUGCACACCACUUGAAGGCAACUCGAAAUCCAUCUCAGACAUCAGUUUACUUGAAGACAACAGAGAAGAUAAGUCAGCAAUCUGCAGAAGCACCAGAGCAAGAGCAAUCAGCCCUAGCUGAAACCUCUUUCGUAAAAAGUGUUGAUCAACGACAUCUACUAGGUAUCGGUCGACACCAAACAGACGGAUAUGAACCUGCCAUGGAAAAGCAGGCAACGAAAGAAGAAAUUCCAGCUGAGAAGGGAGUGAAAUCUAGGAAACCCUAUAUUCCCAAACACCUCAAGAGAGAAGUUAACAAAGUGGAACUUGAAGGAUUUCACAAGAGGGUGAAGAGGGUUCCUAAGGAUAUGUCUUUCGAGGAUGCAUAUCAUAAGUAUAGACUUGGUAAUUUCUUCAGAGAGAGUAGAGAGACUGAUAAGGACAUUGAGCUUCUAUUCAAUAAGGUCAGCCGUAAACCCAAGAGGACACUGAAGAAGGAACAAGAUCCUGGAAAGUUCUUGAUUCCAUGCUCUAUAUAUAGCCACCAUUUACCAAACGCCCUAUGCGAUACUGGAUCUGCAGUCAGCAUCGUGGCCAUUGACACUGCUGAGAUAUUAAGACUAAAGAUGAAACCUUCUAAAGAUAGUUUCACUUUUGUGGAUAGCUCCCGAGUAAACUCAGCAAGCAUGAUCAAGAAUGUUAAGGUGGAGAUAGGGGAAUGCAUUAUCCCUGUGGAAUUUCAUGCUAUGGAUAUCAAAUCAGGCAAGACAUCUCCACUCCUUUUUGGAAGAGCCUUCAUGGUUACAGUAGGGGCAGUUUGUGAUCUUAAGAGAAAUAAGAUGUGUCUGACUAAUAUUGAUGAAACUGUCUUCUAUGAUCCCAUGGAAAAGAAGAAAAGUGAGGAGCUUAUUUCAUGCAUAGAGAUGUUUGAAGAUCCAUGA